AUGACGGCAACGGGCAGUGAAGCAUCUGCCACCACGACAAAUCGACUCUCCGCACCUCAUCCUCUUUCAGUCCACUCCGGCACCUUUCAAACUGGCGACUACAUCACUACCGCAUCCCGGCCCAGGACCAGCCGCCGGAGUACUGCCCGACCAAGCACCGCUCGUCCCCGCACUGGCAUUUCAACCCUGGGUGUGCCGGAUCAAGAGAUUGUCUGUGCGGUCAGUGAGUCGCGCGGCAUCUCGCCCACCGUCGGCCUGGCCUUUGUCAAUUUGGACACUGGCGAGGCCGUUCUCAGCCAAAUCAGCGAUAGUCAGACCUACGUCCGAACCGUUCAUAAAUUGCUUGUCUACAAUCCCUCCACUGCUCUCAUCGUCGGCACCGCUGCCAAUCCAAAGUCCAAGCUGUUUUCCAUCAUCGAAGAGAGCGUGGAGCCCUUGGGCACUACCAUCGAGCUUCUAGAUAGACGCUACUGGGCCGAGACGACUGGUCUUGAGUACAUUCAGCAGCUCGCUUUCGCUGAAGAUGUCGAGACUGUGAAGACCGCCGUCGGUGGCAACUACUACGCGGUGUGUUGCUUCGCUGCCGUGCUGAAAUACGUCGAGCUCAGCAUGGGCAAGACGUUUCCAUUCCGCUCCCUCCGCAUCAAGUAUGAGCCGUCGGAAGGCUCCAUGAUGAUCGACCUCUCCACUAUCCAUUCUCUGGAGCUGGUGCAGAACUUGCAUAAUACAAAGUCUAAGGAGUGCCUUUUCGGAUUGUUGAACCAAACACUCACGCCGAUGGGUGCUCGAUUACUUCGUGCAAACAUCCUGCAGCCUCUAACCAAUCCCGAUACGCUCAACACUCGUUACGAAGCCGUUGAGGAGCUCAGCACCAAGGAGGAGAUGUUCUUUGCUGCCAGAGCAGCACUGAAACCCUUCCUCGAUGUCGACAAGAUGCUUACACAGCUCAUCUUGAUUCCGACCCAGCCCACGCUCAAAGACACGGAGCAAGCCGUCAACAAUGUCAUGAUGCUGAAGCAAUUCGUCAGCCUCAUCCCAUCAGUCUUUGAAGCGCUGACGGGCUCUCGAUGCAGCAUGCUACACGAGAUCCGUGGUCUAUGCAAUCCUGAUCACAUUGAUCCCAUCCGAAAGCUCAUCAACGAUGUCAUCAAUGAAGAUGUCACUUUCGCAAAGAAGCCUGUCGAGUUGCGUAACCAGCGGUCCUACGCAGUACGAUCUGGCGUCAACGGCUUGCUGGAUGUUGCUCGCCAAACGUACCAUGAGUCUAUGAACGAUGCCUAUCAGCACGUCACCGAGCUGAAGGAAGAGCACAACCUUGACCUCAACCUCAAGUUUGAGGCCACAAGACAAUUCUUCCUGCGUCUUUCUGCCAGCGAACUCGAGGAGCGAAAUUUGCCCGCGGUCUUCAUCAACGCGUAUCGCAAGAAAGACAUUAUUGAAUGCCAAACGCUACGUUUGAUGAAGCAAAACCAAAAGAUUGCCGAUGCUCAUACCGAAGUGUUGUUGAUGAGCGACAAGUCGGUGCAAGACGUGAUUGUCAGGGUGAGAGAACACAUGUCGAUCCUGUUCAAGAUUUGCGAAGGCAUAGCAGUCCUCGACAUGCUCGCGUCCUUCGCCCAAGUCGUCACCAGCAGAGACUAUGCCCGGCCACAAAUAGGAGAUGCCUUAGCCAUUCGAGCUGCUCGACAUCCCAUUCGUGAGAGCAUACAUAAAGCCGAGUUCGUGCCGAAUGAUGUGUACGCCACGCAGCAGACGCGAUUCCAAGUCAUCACCGGCUGCAACAUGAGCGGCAAGAGCACCUACAUCCGCUCAGUUGCUUUGAUGACGGUCAUGGCCCACAUCGGCAGCUUCGUGCCCGCCGAAUUUGCAGUCUUUCCCAUCACACGCCAGUUGUUCGCUCGCAUAUCGCUCGAUGACAACGUCGAAGCCAACGUUUCGACAUUCGCGGCUGAAAUGCGCGAGACGGCCUUCAUCCUCCGCAACAUCGACCGCCAGAGCAUGGCCAUCAUCGACGAGCUGGGACGCGGAACGAGCACGCGUGACGGCCUGGCCAUUGCACUCGCCAUCGCCGAAGCACUAGUCCAGAGUAGGGCACUCGUAUGGUUCGUGACGCACUUCACCGACCUUGCCCAGAUCAUGUUGCAGCGCAACGGCGUCGUCAACUACCAUCUUGCGGUGGAUAUGAGCGAGCAAAACAAGAUGGAGAUGCAAUAUCGGCUUUCUAGCGGGACGGAACAGCAAGAGCACUACGGGCUGAAGCUCGCGAGGGUCGUUCCUCUGCCCCCGGAUGUGCUCGAGCAUGCCGAGGAGGUGUCUCGUACGUUGGAGCAACAAGCGAAGAGAAAGAAAAGACGCUCGCUCGGCGUCAUUCGCAAUCGCCGCCGAGUUUUACUGUUGAACUUGAAAGAGCAGCUUGUGCAGGCUCGUAACGGAAAAAUGGAAGGCGAGCAGCUGCGAGAGUGGCUGAAGAGGUUGCAAGGGGACUUUGUGCUGCAGAUGACCGCGCUCGAAGAGGAGGAACGAAAGGCUGAGUGGAGCGGGGAGGAGAAUGGUGAUGGUCCGAGUGUACAGCAGCGUGAUCAAGACUUCGAUAGUGUCUCUGGGUUCGUACGUGACGCACACGGAGAGAGCGAAAUGCUCCUGGGAGACGAUGGUGAAGCGUGGAUGGCUGGCGGCAAUGAUGCGGUCGAGCAGGCCGUGCUCCGCCAGGGCUAG